ACCGGACUGAACUACAGGAACCGGACUGAACUACAGGAACCGGACUGAACUACAGGAACCGAACUGAACUACAGGAACCGGACUGAACUACAGGAACCGAACUGAACUACAGGAACCGGACUGAACUACAGGAACCGGACUGAACUACAGGAACCGAACUGAACUACAGGAACCGGACUGAACUACAGGAACUGGACUGAACUACAGGAACCGGACUGAACUACAGGAACCGAACUGAACUACAGGAACCGGACUGGACCACAGGAACCGGACUGAACUACAGGAACCGAACUGAACUACAGGAACCGAACUGGACCACAGGAACCGGACUGGACCACAGGAACCAGACUGAACUACAGGAACCGAACUGAACUACAGGAACCAGACUGAACUACAGGAACCGAACUGACUACAGAACCGGACUGAUCCGAACUGCAGGGAAGGUUUUCAUCCCCCCUCCGCUACAGAAACCAUCCAUGAUGCCCCACCUUCUGCUUCUCCUGUGCUUCCCUCCAGCUGUGGCCUGCUGUCCUCCAGUCUCCCUGUUCUGCUACACCUGCGUGUUUCCGGCCGUCUCUCCUCUGGACUGCAUCCGCUUCCCGCUGAAGUGUCCGCCGGGGCAGCUGUGCCUGUCCAGCCAGGCCGCGGGGCAGAAAGGUGACCUGCGGGUGGUUCUGUACGAGAAGAGCUGCGUCCUGCCUGCGCUGUGCGGGGUCACCGGGGAGAAGUACGCUCUGGGUCUCAACUUCACCUUCAUCAACGAAUGCUGCAACACACACCUGUGCAACGCGGCCGGCCCCCCCGCCGGGCCCCCGCUCUGGACGGCCCUGCUGCCCCUGCUGGCUCUGGGCUCCGCUCGGUGAACAGAACAUGAACGCAUCAUGGAAACUAAC